UUUGACCAAAGAUGAUACACCUAACUUUAGAAGAAAAUGUUCGGGCGCAAGCAGAUCCCUCUUUUUGUGAGUAUUUAAUGGACAUCGGAAAUGGGUCAGCGCCAACUAUAAGUGGUACAAACAUCAAAAUCCCACAACAAUUCCUUGUCCGUAGCCCCGACAGUUCAGAUUUGUUAUCGUCCCUGAUCACAGCUGUUUACCCAAACUUGAACCUCUUUCAAGAGGAUCCAUAUACGUUGAUGGGGAGAAUAAUAUUAACUACUACAAAUGAGUACGUCGAUGAAAUCAACACGAUCAUAAUUGGAAAAUACCCUGGAGAAUCAAAAACCUUGUUGAGCUAUGACGUACCACUAGAUGAGAAAUACAAAAAUUGCCAAGAUUUGUUGCACACGUUAUCAUUUCCAGGUCUACCACCCCACACAUUACUUCUAAAAAAUAAUUGUCUAGUAAUUCUUCUACGCAACCUAAACCCGUGUGGAGGCCUAUGUAAUGGAACACGCUUAAUUUGUGAUGCAUUUCAUGAUCAUCUGUUAAGUUGUUUCAUUGCUUUUGGUGAAUAUAAGGGAAAGCAUGUCUUCAUACCAAAAAUUCCACUUGAGAUGUCUAGAGAUGAACGUUGCGCAAUCCCAUUUAAGAGAACUCAAUUUCCCGUCAAACUCUGCUUUGCAAUGACAAUAAAUAAAUCACAGGGUCAGACACUCGAAUUCGCAGGAAUCUUUCUUAGGCGACCAGUCUUCUGUCAUGGACAACUAUACGUUGCAAUGUCGCGGGCCAAAAAUGCUGCCUCCAUCAAAAUGCUUAUCUAUGAUGAAAUAGAUAAUUCAAAGACCACAAAUGCUACCGCAAACAUAGUGUACAGUGAAAUCAUUGCAUACCUUACAUAGGAAAGCACUAGGUUUGUUGAUUUUUAAUGCGUUUCGUUACGAUUUAAUUAUAUUUUAAAGUCCAUGUCGCCUAUUCAAAAUUUAAUUUCAUUACAAACUAAUAUACUACAUUCACUUUUUUCAGAACAAUGGAUGCAAAUCAAGAAAUUUUAGACGUCACUCCCAGUACUAAAUCAUGGGGUUGCAAGGUCAUACUGGUCAUACUGAUAGAGAAGCUUAACGAGCGUCAAUCAGCAAGGGGAGUAACAUACAGGGCCAUGAUCAUGGAGGAUAGUAAAGUAAGAUUUCAUAU